AUGGGUGACGCACGCCACUUCUACUUCGGCCCAUUCGUCACUGGUGUUCUAGUAACCGUAGUUUUGACGGAAAUAUAUUAUCGUUACCACCAACUACCCAAAACACCUACUUGCACAACCACACAAUCCGCAGGUACUAGAGCCAAAAAUCCGGAUGGUGAGAAAUUACUAGCCUCUGUGCGCCAUGGACCUCCAGCCAUAGUAGAUGGCGUUGAAGGAUGCAUUGGCAAUACGCCACUGUUUCGCAUCAAGUCGCUAUCAGAGGAAACUGGGUGCGAGAUUCUCGCAAAGGCUGAAUUUCUCAAUGGCGCAGGUGGUAGCCCCAAGGAUAGAGUGGCAUUGAGCAUGAUAGAGACGGCUGAAAGAGAGGGUUCUUUGUGCCCACAUUCAGGAGACGUAAUAUACGAAGGCACUUCUGGUUCAACAGGUAUAUCUCUAGCGACACUUGCUCGUGCCCGUGGCUACUUGGCUCACAUUUGCAUGCCAUCCGACCAAGCAAUGGAAAAGUCGGACCUCCUUCUCAAACUAGGAGCAGUCGUAGACCGAGUUCCACCGGCCCCAAUCGUGGAACAAGCAAACUUCGUAAACAGAGCUCGAAACCUGGCUCGAGACCGGACUGCUUCGAGCAAUACAUCACCAGACAAGCUCUCAUCUAAGAGCGGCACACAAUUAACGACCACAGACCCUACCACUGAGCCUGGCGUAUCUACAGGAAGAGGCUUUUUCACAGACCAGUUUGAAAAUGCGGCUAACCAUGUGGCUCAUUUCAAGGGAACAGGACCCGAAAUAUAUGCGCAAUGCGGCGGGAAACUUGAUGCAUUUGUUGCCGGUGCAGGGACUGGGGGUACUAUAUCUGGUGUUGCGCUGUUUCUGAAGCCUAGAUUGCCGGAUAUCAAGAUUAUUCUCGCUGACCCACAGGGAAGUGGGUUGUAUAAUCGUGUCCGGUAUGGUGUCAUGUUCGAUAUUAAAGAACGUGAAGGUACAAGACGGAGGCCACAGGUUGAUACGAUUGUUGAAGGAAUUGGCAUUAAUCGACAGACGGCUAAUUUUGAGGCUGGGCGGGAAUUGAUUGACGAUGCGAUCAGGGUUACAGAUGCACAGGCCAUGGCUAUGGCGCGUUGGCUGGUUGAGAAGGAUGGGAUAUUUAUGGGGAGUAGCAGUGCGGUGAACUGCUUUGCCGCAGUAAAAACUGCCCUGGAACUAGGCCCUGGCCAUCGCAUUGUGACUAUAUUGACUGAUACGGGCGCGAGACAUCUUUCUAAGUUCUGGGCUAUGGCCGGAGACGUUGGCGGCACAACCGAUACGAAGCUGGAAGAUGUGCUCAACGCUUAA